CAAGUUGCUUGUGACUCUAAGGACAGCUGAGGACAGUUUCUCCGUGUCUUAGGGACAGGGAAGACACUUCAGUAGUGUCUUACAGGGAAGACACUUUCUUGUUGGCUGAAGGAAAGCGAAGACUGUUCUUUGGUGAUUCAAGGAGAGAGCAGACACUUCCUUAUAAUAAUUUGUCUUGCUAGUGGGACAGAGGAGACAGACACUUCCUUGUUGGUUCAAGGAGAGUCUCAUUAAACUUUCUUGAAGUUUUCAAGAACGACAGUUCCUUACUGGUUUAGGAGAGAUUGGUCCGAGGAGAGUAACGUUUAAGCGGAGAAUGGAGUACAGUUCGUCGGACACGGAUAGUUCGGAUCCGGACCUGCGUCUGCUCGUGGUCCGCAGUCAAGGUCGCCGAAGGUCGUCCGUCGUGCCGGACAUUCCCAUCGCGCCGCGCGGGGUCGGGGGUCACAGGGGCAGCAUCGACGAAACGGCGGAACAGCAGAAAUUCACCUUCGCGUAUCAUUUCAGCGGAUUCAAGAAAGCAAUCUCCAGGUCUUACCUCCGCGGCCAGGACCACACCCACCACGGGCCGAACCAACAUCACCUCAAGCACGGGGGGGAACGCCAGCUCAAGACAGCAGUCGACUGGACAGACAACGCGGUAAACGGGGAGCACAUCUGGACGGACACGAAAGAGUCUGGCGACUUCUGCUACGUGGGGGAGCAGGACUGCCUGGUAAACUUCUUUAAAUCUGGCCCCAGGAAGAAAUGUCUUGGCUGUAAGAUCCUCGUCCAUGUGGGCUGUAUGCAUGUCUUGGAAAAGAUCAAUUUCAGAUGUCGGCCGACCUUCAGGGAGCCGGGGACAAAGGGUUCUCGCGAGACGUUUGUGCGGCAUCACUGGGUCCACAGACGCAGGCAAGAGGGCAAGUGCAAGCAGUGCAGCAAGCCAUUCCACCAGAAAUUCUCCUUCCAUUCCAAGGAGAUUGUUGCCAUCAGUUGCUCGUGGUGCAAAGCUGCCUACCACAACAAAGUGUCGUGUUUCAUGAUGCAACACAUCGAGGAGCAAUGCACUCUGGGAGCCCACGCAGGGGUCAUCGUGCCGCCAUCUUGGAUCAUGAAGGUUCCUAAGAACAGGAUGUCCAUCAAAUCCUCGCUCAAGAAGAAGAAGCGACCUUCCAUCAAGAGAAAGUCUCUCAAGGAGAGCAAGUCGAAGGCGUUCAUGAUCAAGCCGGUCGCCUCACCCUUCAUCAAGCCGCUCCUGGUCUUCGUCAACCCUAAAAGCGGAGGCAACCAGGGAGCGAAGAUCAUGCAGAAGUUUAUCUGGUACCUGAACCCGCGGCAGGUGUUCGACCUUUCCCAGGGCGGGCCCCGGGAAGCGCUGGAAAUGUACCGCAAGGUCGCGAACUUGAGAAUCCUGGCCUGUGGGGGCGACGGAACGGCUGGCUGGAUCCUGUCGACCUUGGACUCGCUGGGCAUCAGCCCCCCUCCCCCCGUGGCAGUGCUACCCCUGGGGACGGGAAACGACCUGGCAAGGACGCUCAACUGGGGAGGGGGUUACACAGAUGAGCCCAUCUCUAAGAUCCUGUCGCACGUUGAGGACGGACCAGUGGUGCAGCUGGACAGGUGGAACCUGCAGGUCUCGCCCAACAGGCUGGUCGCCGCGGACGACGGGGACGAGGGCGGAGACAAGCUCCCGCUGGACGUGAUGAACAACUACUUCAGCAUGGGGGCCGACGCACACGUCGCACUCGAGUUCCACGAGUCACGAGAGGCGAAUCCUGAGAAGUUCAACAGCAGAUUCCGCAACAAGAUGUUCUACGCUGGGGCUGGAGGUCGCGAGCUGAUGAAGGGCAGUUCUAAGGACCUGGCGAAACAUGUGCAACUGGUGUGUGACGAUGUGGACAUGACAGCAAAAGUUCAGGAGCUGAAACUGCACUGUCUUCUCUUCCUCAAUAUUCCCAGGUACUGUUCCGGAACAGUCCCAUGGGGAAACCCCAGCAGCUCCCAACACCCGGAGCUCGAGCCGCAGAGACACGACGACGGCUACCUGGAGGUGCUCGGCUUCACCCCGGCAACCAUGGCAACCCUGCAGGUCGGAGGUCACGGGGAGCGUCUGUGUCAGUGCCGCGAGGCGCGAAUCACGACGUACAAAACCAUCCCGAUGCAGGUGGAUGGGGAGCCUUGCCGCCUGGCGCCGGCCACGGUCCACGUCACGCUGCGGAACCAGGCAAAUGUCGUGCUCAAGAGCAAGAGGAGAACCCCAACAGCACUCAGCGCAGAUGCCACGAGCCCGGGGCUGGCGUCGGAGCGGCUGCGUAUCCAGGUCAGCAAGGUCAGCAUGGUGGACUACGAGGCACUGCACUACGACAAGGACAAACUCAAGGACGCCUCCAUUCCUGUCGGCAUCAUAGUCGUGCCGGGUGACUGUGACCUUGAGCAAUGUCGCGGCCACAUCGACAGACUACAGGAGGAGCCACACGUACGUGUGGGGUUUCAGAGAUCCAUUUCUCUCAUCGAUAACCCGGCCAGAGCCACUCUGACGCUGUCCGUUUCCAGUCAGAAGCUCUCGCCCAAAUGGUGCUUCCUCGAUUCAACCAACGCAGACCGAUUCUUCCGGAUCGACAGAACACAGGAGAACCUGCACUAUGUGACGGACAUCUCCUCCAAGGAGCUGUUUGUCCUUGACCCUGAGCUGGUCAUCACCAAGGACGUCUGUACGUCUCCCGCCAUGCCCGACCUUGUGGAACAGCAUCCUAAAGGUCACAGCACCAGCGCCGGAACACCGCAGGGCAAGGCCUUCGUGUUCCCCGUCACCCCGCCCGGGUCUCCCAUGUCUUCGAGAAGAAAUGACCGAGUUCAGAGCCUCCCCCCUGGUCAAAUGGACCGGCCCUCCCCACCAGACGGCACUGUGAGGUCUGAGCCGGCGUCUCCAGUGUUCUCUGGUUCCCCGAGCACCUCCAGACGGCAGCCGCGGCCGGUUACACUGCACAGUACCGGCGCCAGCAGCCCAAACGCUUCGGAAAAAGACGCACGGCUUCUGGAGGCUUGCAGAGAAGGGGAGAUCGGCAUGCUGGUGGAAAUGUUGCGAAGUGGUGCAGACCUGACAGCGACAGACGUGCAGGGGAUGACUCCGCUGCACCACGCCGUGCGCUACGGACACAAGGACUUGGUGGAGUACAUCCUCAAACACGGCCCUCCCUCCCUGCUGGACAUCUCAGACUACGAGAAGGGGCAGACCCCCCUGCACAAGGCUGCCAGCUACCAGAGACGGUCCAUCUGUUGCAUGCUGGUCGCUGCAGGGGCAAAGGUCACCAGCAGAGACUCAAACGGCAACACGCCCCGGCUGCUGUCACUGAAAGCCAACGACCGCGACCUUGCCGACUACCUGAAAGGUCAGGAGCAAUAUGUCCUCGCGUCGACCGAGGAGAACCAGGAAACAGCUGUCUGAAAUGACCUCGACCCCAUAUCCCAGAA